GAGUUUAACGUUGAUCGUUAAAAUGAUAUAUUAAGUGAUGAUUUUAUAAUGGCUAAACUAUUUAGGAAUAAUCAUAAGUUACUUCAAUGUCUUCAAAAAAAGCAGAUCAUUCUAUACGGAAGAAAUAACUCGACUGCAAGUGACGAAUUUGUAGAACUUGACGAAAAAACGCUCACCGGUAGAUUUCUUAUGUACAUGUCAAAUUUCGUAUCUAAAAAUACCAAAGAAAAAUAUUGCGUACCAAAAAUAAAUUACAAUACUAUCAAAAAUAUACGCUACGACGCUGAACAAAUCAAAUCAUCUAUUAAACUAUUGGAUAUUAGCCAAGAUACGCUUUUAUUCAAAGAAAUAGAUAAAGAAUGCCACGAUCGAGUUAAGUACCUCAAAACCUCGGAUAUAUUAGAAAUAUUACACAUCUACAUGAAGAAAGUACCCAAUAAAAUCGUAAGUUACGAAUUUUACGAAUCGGCUAUAAAAGAAUUAUCGAAACGAUUGCAAUCCCUCGAUAAAAACGGUAUAAUUCAACUAAUAUUCUAUAUAGGGUUGAGAAAAAAAAUGUCCAGAGAACACGAACUACUAAGAAAAUGUGUAAAUCAAUUGCUUCAAUAUAAUUCGUUAUCUAAUGAAGAUUUAUGCAUUAUUUGUAACACUGUCUUUAAAACAACUACUAGAAUCAAAACUGAUCAUUUAUAUUCGAAAAUCAUAUCAAAUAUUUACGACAAUUUACAAUUAUUCAAAGAUCCCGCGUUUUUUGUUACUUUUUUGAAAACUAUAAGGCAAAAUAGAUACCAGGACGACGAAUUUUUAAAUACUAUGACUUGUACUAUAUUUUUCAAUAAAACGUUGGAUUAUUAUUCGUUUUCCGCUUUAGGGCAUAUUUUAGCUGUUUAUUCAGAUUAUUUAUAUUACGAUGAGAAUAUUUUGAGGGUUUUUACGGAAAGAUGCGUCGAGCUUUUGAAAGAAACUAAAUUUGUGUCAAGUAAGGAUCACAUGUCUAGCAACAUCAGGCUAAAGGAUAUAAAAAGGUUCUUGUGGUGUAUAAGUAAUUUGAAUUACAAGUUGAGUGUCGAUGACAUUAAAUCUGUGAUAGUUCCAAAGAUUUAUGAAAGAAUCCGAGGGGGUGAUGUUGAAGUGGAUUAUUGCAGUUUAGUGGAAAUCUGUCUCUAUUUGUGGAUGUUGAAAUACAGAGCUUACGAACUGUUACCUUAUUUUCUAACUAAGGAAAAUAUAGAACGUAUAAAUAAUCUAACCACGCCAUUGAAACAAAGACUGAACGUUCUCCUUUCUUGUAUCUACUAUGAAGAUAGGGAGCUUCUUAAAGAUCUCGACGUCCAACCGUCACAUUUACCUUACAACAUGGAAAAUCAAUUAGAAAAAAGACCUUUUCUAACCACCGUUGUCACUUCCCUUAAUAAAAAUGAAGAUAUUCCCUUAAGAACCCGAGUUAGCAAAUUGGAAACGUCCUGUCAAAUUCCUGGUAUUCACAUUAUCGGAAUAACCGGUUAUAACGAUAAAACCGGUAUUCAUAUUGAAGUAUUGGACGAAUAUACAACGUUAAAGAAUACCGAAUACGUCCCUACAGGGUUGAUGCAAUUGAAACUCAGAUUACUUGAGCAUUUGGAGGAAGGGUUGAUAACGGUCAAUUAUUAUAAGGAGAAAUGAACUGAAAUAAAUUCGUCUUUCUAUUCUAAUCGAAGCUGAAGAUUUGAAAUCUCUGAACGAAUUCGAAAUAAAAAAAAUUUUAUUUGAAGAAAUCGAAUUUGUUUCUUGAGAAUUUAUAUACAGUGUGAGGCAACAAUAUGAAACAGAAUUUCGUCGACUUUUUUGCCAUAUUUCAUUAUACAUUUCAUCAACGCGUGUUACAAUUUUUUUUUUCGUAUUAUUAAUUAUAAUGUUCAUAUUAUACAGGGUAAAUUGAAA